AUGGCUGACAAUAUUAGCAAAUUCUUAAAUGAAACCACAACUAUUGAACAAAAAAUAACCAAUGUUAGAUCAAAUAUUACAAAAAUUGAAGAAUUUCAAUCACAAAUUUUAGUUAGUACAUCAACGACACAGGAAGAUUCUACAAAUAAAGAACGUGAGGCAUUUGUUGAGAGCACAAGAAAUUUACUCAUAGAAUGUAAAGAUCGUAUUAAGAAAAUCCAAUACGACAAUGUUCGUAUCCCUUCAACGGAUCCCAAUUAUGGUUUAAGGCAACAAAGAUAUGAAUAUUUAAGAACAAAAUUAUCUAAUGUACUAGAAGAAUAUCGUGUUGCCGAAAAUAAUUUUAUGAAACAAACCAAAGAUCGUAUGGAAAGACAGUAUAAAGUUGUAAAUCCAAAUGCAACUCAACAAGAAAUCGAUGAUUACGUAUCAAACCCUAACUCUCAACCGAUAUUUCAACAAGCUUUAUUAAGAACAAAUGAGGCACAAAAUGCUCUAGCUGAGGUGCGAAAACGCCAUGAAGAUAUUAAAAACAUUGAAAGUACCAUCUCUGAACUUGUUUCUUUGUUUCAAGAAUUACAUCUUCAAGUUGAAGAACAAGAUCAAACUAUUGUUAAUAUUGAAGAUAAUACGGAAGUAACUGUUCAGAAAACCGAGCAAGCUGCCAAUGAAUUGGGUAGUGGUGGUUCCAGCACAAAUGUUGUAACCGCAACAACUACUGUCGCUCCAACCGCCGCUCUCAAUAAUCCUUCUCCUGUAAUAACUCCUCAGCCAACUCCUCAGCCUACCUUAUAG